AUGGUGACACCGCGACAGCCACUGGCCAUAGUCAGAGUCAGAGUCAGAGUCAGCCAGAGCCAGCGGAACGUCAACAACAAACGACGCCCACGAAUAUCUGCACUGAAUAGCGACACGAAGCACCCGAAGAACCGAAGUCCUUGCCCCAUGGACGUACGCGUAGGCGCAGCAGCAGCAGCAGCAGCAGGACUCCAAUCCUCCGGCCUGAGUGCGGUCCAUCUGCUCUGGCUGGCCAUCAAUGCGCUGCUCUUUGUGCUCAUUCUGGGCGGGAAUGUGCUCACAAUUGUCGCCGUUCGCACAUGCCGCAACCUGCGCUCCGUCAUCUCCAAUCUGUUCAUCCUCUCGCUGGCGAUAUCCGACUUUUGCGUGGGCCUGGCCCUGCCCUACCACCUGGUGUUCUACAUGGGCUCCGACCUGGGCGCCAUGCGGGGACCCUGCCUGCUGCGCUUCUUCCUGUUCAUCUGCGCCUGCUGCGUCUCCAUGCUGACGCUCAUCUCGAUAGCCGUCGACCGGUACAUAGCCGUGGUCUAUGCGCUGCACUACAGAAGAUACAUGACGCGUCGUGUGGCGUAUGCCAUCAUCACAUCCAAUUGGUGUGCGGGCGCCCUGGUGGCACUGAUGCCGGUGUUCUGGAACCGCUGGACUCUGGCGCAGGCCUGCGAGUUCGACGAGGUCCUGUCCCCGGGGUACGUGGCUGGGGUUAUUACGCCCGGAUUCGUAAUCAUUUGGAUCUGCAUGUUGAUGGUCUACUGGCGGAUAAUGCGCGAGGCCUCCAAGCAGGCGCAGCGGCUGCGGCAUGCCACAUGCGUGGUCUACAACACGGACAGCAGCAGCAGGGGCCUGCUGCAUCCGGACUGGAAGAGCGUCCAGAUUGUGGUCUUCAUCAUGGGCUGCUUCACGCUCUGCUGGCUGCCGUACUUCUGCGUCGCAAUCGCCCAGCUCUUUAGCAUCUGCCGCAGCAGCUCGAUGAUCUACAAGACCACCUUCUCGCUGGCCAUCGCCAACUCUGCUCUCAAUCCGAUCAUCUACUCGUGGAAGAACUCCGGCUUCCGGCGCGCCUUCGCCCAGACCCUCUGCUGCAAGUCGACGCGCUUCUGCCACGUCGACGGCGCUGGCGACGAGGAGGCCGAUCAUCUGCCGCCGUACAGCAAGCAUCGUAUCGAUGGGGAGAUGGAGGCGGCCUGCUCCUCCGCCUCAUCGUCGGCUGCCUACCACACGGCCAUCAAAACCGACUGUAAGUCCAAGCCCACUCAGUCUCCGUCUCAGUCCCCUCCCUCCACCCACCCGGCCACUCAGUGA